AUGCUAGUUGCGUUUUUUGGUAGAGGCGAUCUCUGUGACUUCGACUUUAAUCCCUUUAACGACGAACAAAUCAUUAGUUGUUCUGCAGAUCUUACCAUUAUGUUGUGGGAGUUCCCGGAGGGUGGUCCGGAAGAGAAUAUUUAUGAACCUAUCUUAACCCUCACCGGACACCGAAGAAAAGUCACUUUUGUGGAGUUCAAUCCAGUUGCCGAGUUGAUCGCAGUGUCUGCAUCAGCCGACGGCACCGCGAAGGUGUGGGAUUGCCAGGAAGGCAGCGAGCUGGUGACCUUCGCGUGCAAAGGCCUUCCGCAAGACCUGCACUGGAACUACAACGGCAGUUUGUUCUGUCUUUCAACGAAGGAUAAGAUGGACACCGUCUACGAUCCUCGCCAGAAUGGCACCGUAGCGGAGUGGAGUCCGCACAACGGCACGAAAUGCUCCAAGAUGACGUGGCUGGGCGAUCGUCCGCACGUGCUCACCACUGGAUUCAACCGCUCCUCGCAGCGAGAGUGGAAGAUGUGGGAUCUGCGCAACCUGGCGAAGCCGGUCAGCCAGGACGCCUUGGAUCAGUCGUCGGGCACCUUGCUUCCGUUCUUCGAUCCGGACACUUCGAUGCUUUAUUUGGGAGGCAAGGGCGAUGGCAAUAUUCGCUACUACGAGGUGAUGGAGUCCUCGCUCUACCCGCUCUCCCAGUACUCCUCCACCGUCUCCGCGCGCGGCCUCUGCAUGCUUCCUAAGAAGGCCUGCGACGUGAAUCGUUGCGAAGUGGCGCGCAUUAUGAAGCUGACGAGCAGCGGCGAUGUGGAACCGCUGCCUUUCAUCGUGCCGCGCAAAUUCGAAGGCUACCAAGCCGACAUCUACCCGCCUUCCUUCGCUGGCAUCCCCGCACUCAGCGCCGAGGAGUGGCGUCAGGGACAGAACAGCAACCCCAUUCUCAUGUCGCUGGAGCCGGGCGUGACGUUCAUCACCAAGAAGGACGGCGACAUGCCCGCUUCGCAGCCCGUUCAGCAAGUCCAGACUGCGCAGCCCGUUCCGUCGGCUCCGCAGUUCUCUGGCGCGCGUGCUGCAGCCCCGACGCUCGCUCCGCUGGCUCCGCUCCGCUCGCUCUCUCCGGAACCGAUGGCGAUGGCGAUGUCGCCGCGCGCGAUGUCGCCUGCGCCGAUGGUCGCUGAAGGGGCGACGAACGGAGUGGCGGUGGCCGCGCCGGGGUACAUCCCGAAGGCGGGGAAGCUGACGGUGGAGGACAUCGAGGCCGAGCUGGCGUUAUUGAUGGAACGAAUGGAUUUCUUGAAUAAUGCGCUCGAUGAGUUGAAAAAGGAACAGAUGUGAUUUGUGUGUG